AUGAGACUGGACCAGUUGAAAGCGCCUCCCGGGGCGCGUCGCAACCGCAAGCGCGUAGGGCGGGGCAACGGCAGCGGGAGCGGCACAUAUUCGGGACGCGGUAUGAAGGGCCAGAAGGCCCGGGCCGGCGGCGGAGUGCGCCGCGGGUUCGAGGGAGGCCAGCUACCCGUCAUAAGACGGCUGCCGACCCAGCGAGGCUUUACAAACAUCUUCAAGAAGGAGUACUCCGUCGUUAACCUGGACUCCAUUGCAGAGAAGCUCCCGGAGGAAACCGAGGUUACGCCGGAGGUGAUGAAGGAGGCCCGUCUGAUCAGGGGGCUAAGCCUUCCGGUGAAGGUGCUGGGCCGUGGUGAGGUGGACAGAGCCGUCACCGUGUUGGCCCACAAGUUCUCCAUGGAAGCCAGGCGGAAGAUAGAGGCUGCCGGCGGACAGGUGGUGGAACUCUAA